AACUAAAAUGGCUGACAAAGUUAUAUAAAAACUUAAAAUUUUAUAAAAUAGACGAGGUUUCUCACAUUUUAGCAGUUAUUUUCGACUGCAAUUAUGCCCAAGAAAUUCCAGGGCACAAACACGAAGGCCGAAGCGGCCAGAGCGCGAAAGAGCGAGGCUAAAAAUGCAGAAAAGGUGCGAAAAGACAAGGAAACAGAAGAUAAAUAUUGGGAAAGCUGGGAGUCUGGGGAUAGAAACGAAAGCAGAAAAAAAGAACGGAAAGAAGACAAGGAAAAGAAGAGGUUAGAACAGUUGGAGAAGAAACGUUUAGCAAAAGAACUUCUUGAAGCAGAAGAAUCAAAACUGAAAGGAAAGACGGCAACUCAAGCAAAAGUCACCAGGUCUGAAAUUGCGACUUUGCAAGAGAGAGAGGCAGAAAAACGCAAAACCGCAGCAGCGAAUAAAAAUGUAACAGUUGACGAUUCCCCGCUGGAAGAGAAUGUCAACCAACUGAUUGCUGAAAAUCUAGCAACAGAAGGUGGCGUGGAAGCUAGAAAUGUUGAAGAAGCCAUCUCAGUUCUUGCUGUAGAUGAUAAACAGGAGUCUCAUCCAGAAAGAAGAAUGAAGGCCGCAUUUGCCAAGUUUGAAGAGGAACGACUACCAGUGUUAAAAGCAGAGAACCCAAAUAUGAGAUUGUCACAAAUCAAACAAUUGCUUCGAAAAGAAUGGUUAAAAUCACCGGAUAACCCCCUUAAUCAAAAUUUUGUGGCAUAUAAUAAAAAAUGAGGUUAUAUUGUUCAAAUGCAAUUUAAAUAAAAUU